GGUUCGGGUCUGUGGAGACGGCGCAGGACAGGUAAGGUAGAAGUCCCCGCGGCUCGCACGAAAACAAGAAUAGAUUAAGAUUAAUCUGUGGAGAAAACGUUGAAUCAUUGACAACUUUAUGGAUCCAAACCGGUACACGCCCGUAAUUGCGCGAAAAGUGAUGAAUCUGUUAACUUCCUCCGUCCAUGUUUGAUGGCUCUGAGAAGCAUCGAGUUACCCACCUGCCGGUGUCCGGCAAACUGAAGCUAAAGAACUUGCAUCGACACGAAAACUGAACUUCCUCUUCGAAGAUAGCAGUCAUGGCGGACGACAAAGUGGCCAUACUGACUGAUGAUGAGGAUGAACCGAAGAGAAAGCAUGGACCGUCUGGGCAUUUUGGUGUCCUCUCUCUUAAAAAGGGCACGGAUGCAUUGCCCUCCUCUGGCCCACAUACAGGCACCGCGGGCGACGACCCAGUGCCCCCUCCCUCCGUCUCGCCCUCUCAGGCCCCAGACAUGGGCUGCUGUCAAAGGAUGUGCCUGCGGGUCAACCGGCGCCUCCUGGUCUCCAAGAUUUUUUACUUCUUCUUCUACGCGGCCUACGGCUCACUGCACCCGCUGCUGCCUGUCUACUACAAGCAGCUGGGCAUGACGCCCGGUCACAGUGGACUGCUGGUGGGCAUCCGCUACUUCAUAGAGUUCUGCAGCGCCCCCUUCUGGGGGAUGGUGGCAGAUCGCUACCACAAAGGCAAGGCCGUGCUGCUGUUCUCAGUCUUCUGCUGGCUGUUGUUCAACUGCGGCAUCAGUAUCUCCCAACAGGCAGACAUGACCUGCUCGAGCCCGGAGCUGACCACCACCCCGAUGGCCCCGCUGCCCAACUUCACCGUGCCCAGUAACCCCGGCGACAGUGUGGACCUCACCACAACGACCACGUUGCCUGCCAACAACAAUGCGUCAGGCGAUGUCUCCUCGGGCAACACAAGUCGGUCACGGCGGGAUUUGUUUGGGAAGGAGCUGUACAGCUGGCAAACUAAGUAUAGUGCCCCCCAGAGGAUCAAACGGGAAGCCAACCUCACGAGUUUGGAUGGAACAGCAGGUGGCGACACACCAGCAAAUCGCUCAGACACCACAUCCAAUAACGACACCACCUCUCCCUUAGACGCUAAUGACACAACGACCGCAAUUCCCCCGACCACCACCACAACAACCACAACAACGAUGGUAACGGCAGCUCCCACUAAGCCCACCAUCAUCUACAACGUUGAACAGGUGGAGACCAUCUUCCUGAUGAUCCUGCUGAUGGUGAUUGUGGGCGAGUUCUUCAGCGCACCGGCCGUCACCAUCGUGGACACGGUCACUCUGCAGUACCUGGGCCGCCACCGCGACCGCUACGGUCUCCAGCGUAUGUGGGGCUCUCUGGGCUGGGGCCUGGCCAUGCUCUCCGUGGGCAUCUGGAUCGACCACACGCGCCUCCACAUCCUGGUGCCUGGCUGCCCAGAGCCCGAGUUGAAGAACUACACCAUCGCCUUCAUCGUGUUCGGCGUCCUCAUGGGCCUGGCGUUCAUCGUGGGCACCCAGUUCGAGUUCGACGGCCUGGACUACCGGCAGGAGGAGGACCAGCUGCCACCUGCGGUCGAGAUGCCCCAGGUUGUCCAAAAUGUGUCCGAAUCAACAGAACACGGCACGCAGCAGCAGCAGCAGGCACCGUCAGCGACCCCGACCGCGGAAGUGUCCGGCGGCCAGACGUUCCACUACCGGGACCUGCUGCGUCUGUUGUGCACCGUGCGCUACGGCACGGUGCUCUUCGUGGCCUGGUUCAUGGGCUUCGGCUACGGCUUCGUCUUCACCUUCCUCUACUGGCACUUGGAGGACCUGAAGGGGACCACCACCCUGUUCGGCGUCUGCUCCAUCCUCAGCCACGUGUCCGAGCUGGGUGCCUACUUCACCAGCCACAAGCUCAUCGAGCUCAUCGGACACAUCAGGGUACUGUACAUUGGCCUUGCCUGCAACACAGCACGCUACCUGUACAUCUCCUACCUGGUGAACGCCUGGAUCGUGCUGCCCAUGGAGGUUCUGCAAGGUGUGACCCACGCGGCGGUGUGGGCAGCGUGUAUCUCCUACCUGAGCGCGGCGGUGCCCCCGGCUCUCCGCACCUCGGCGCAGGGCAUCCUGCAGGGGCUCCAUCUGGGCCUGGGCCGUGGCUGUGGCGCCAUGGUGGGCGGCGUCUUCGUCAACUACUUCGGUGCGGCGGUGACGUUCCGAGGCAUUGGCAUGGCCUCCCUGGUCAUCCUGAUCAUCUUCUCCCUCAUCCAGUGCCUGAUGGACCAGGACGAGCGCGGGGGGCGACAGCAGCAGCGGCAGCAGGGGCAAGGACCGCAUGCUGGCCGAGAACAUUCCGGUGCCGUCCAGCCCCGUGCCCAUCGCCACCAUCGACCUGGCGCAGGACCGCGUGGACACGGAGACCCCACGUCCCGAGCCCAGGCUGCCGGCGCAGAAGACCCGGCACCAGGAGGAGCAGGAGGACGUGGCCAAGCCCGCAUGGGUCAUCGCCGGCUCCCCGUGGGUCAACAUGGCCUUCGCCAUCUACCAGAUCUGGGAGUUUGUGGCCAUGAGGAAGAGGAACCCCCCGAUAGAGACAGAGCCACUGCAGAGAGGAUACACUUGAGGCCCGCCCAGGCUCUGAGGUCACUGAGGAGGCUUUGGAAGUCGGCCCAGGGGAACCCCAGAACCCGCAGCAGCAGCAGCAGGGCCCGGCGCCCGGGGGGCCUGUCCCCAAAACCCCAGGGCCCCCCAAGGAAUCUGCCCCAGAGCCCCAGAUGGACCCUGCCCUGGAUCAGACCCAACCUGUAGAACAUCCUGGCCCCCUGCCGGGCAUUUACGAGCCCUCCUUCUCCUCCCCCACCCUCGUCCUCCCCUAUUCCCAUACUCAGUGAAGGACAACUACGACCGCAAUGGACCAAUGGUAGCGGCCAGCUUGAGUUUCAUACCCAAACCCACCGGUGCGAGUUUGUGGCACUUUGUAUGAAAGUGUCACCUUUAUCUUUAAUGCACGAGGACCUCCUAAAGAAGUGGGGUCAGACUCUGGGCUGUGACCUGGGAUUGCACUUGAACUUUGACCUUUGAACUCAUUGAGAAGGAUCUUUGUAAGUGGAGCUGAAUAAGAGGAGAUGCUCACUCUGCUCCUCUGGCUGGCCAACACUGUUAUAUCACCCGAUGCUGGAGUCACGCUUCAUAUGGGAGCUAUGUUUAGUUUUGUGUCUUUUUAAAGCCUUUUUUAAAAAGCUUUGACCUUUACGAGUCUGGGUAUGUCUGGAGUUGGAAGACAUUUUAACCACAGCUUCCUCAUUCUGACCUCAUAAAAGACAUCUUAGUGGACAUGAACCAGUGGCAUAAUGGUUCCUAUGUGUUUUUGUACAGCCUGUGUUAUGCUUUGACGUUGUGGAAAAGAUUUUUACUGAUGACUAAUUUAUCAUUGCUGACAGUCACAUGUCUCAAUUACAGAUUUAAUUGCAAUUUAGGAUUGUAUCAUGAAAAUGUUAAGGGGUUAGUGCUCUGAUGUUUGUUUAUUUGUUUGCAAUGCAAUAUCUGGGUGAGAAAAAAAGAAGCUACUCUAACAUUCUGAAAAAGAAUAGUCACAAUUAGAGGACUGGACUCCCAUUUUUGACCACAAGAGGGCAGCAGAUAUUUGGUCUCGAUGCCCUAGGUGCUUUUUCACACUUUUUAAUUUCAGUGGAGAAAAUGUGCCUGUAGCUAACAAGACAAAGUGUUUUUUUGAAUUUUGAAAAAGUUGGGUUUAAUGUCGGAUAGAAUGGAAUCGUAGAACAGAAAAUUACAGUACAGAACAUUUUAUAAAACAACAUUUUGUAAAAUUGUACUCCUUUUUAUGGGAGUACAGCGUCUUUGUGUCAGAUUAAUUAGGGGGAAGUUCCUGAGAGUCUGUUCCCUGGUCCUCCAUGGUGUAGAGUGUGUGCGCGUGUGUGGGUGGGUACUGUUAUAGUGUCUGCAUGCAUCCCACAUGCAUGCAUCCCUUCUCACUUGUGUGUCAGGGUCAUGGGGUGAGGGUGUGCUCGCCACUGAUUGGCUGAGUGGGAGGACAGACAGGGAGCGUUCCCGUGGAAACCAGACCAUAAUACUGCACCAUUUCCCUUCUGAAACAGACACUCCGUCUGAUGGCAAUGUAAAUAACUCUAUUUCCAUCCUUGAGCUGCAACAAGGGAGGAAAUAUCUGUGUGUGUGUGUGUGUGUGUGUGUGUGUGUGUGUGUGUGUGUGAGAGAGAAAGAGAGAGAGAGAGAGAUGAGAGACUCCCAAAGGGCUUUGUCUUAAAUACAGAAAUCAAUGUUUUGUCAGGAUCUUGGUCAGGAUUCUCUGCCAAGGGCCUGUAUGUUGCACUAUGUGCCUGCAGUUAUCUCACUGUAUAUCUCUGAAAAAGUACUGUCCUUAUUAUGUUAUGUUAUUUUACUUGUACAAUGAAGCUGUUCCUUAAUGAAGGCCUUAAUGUGUGCAUGCGUGUGUGUGUGUGUGUGUGUGUCUGGACUGCAGUGGCACAUGUGAAUCAUGUAUUCGCUAAAAUGCGCGGAUGUUUUACGCUUCUUCGACCACAUCACUAUGUCAUGAUUAAUUUGUCGUUGAGUCAUCUGAAUGUGGACGUUACUGCUGCACAUGCUCAGUUGGUUCAUCGCGGCCCCUCAGAUAUUGAAUCAGAUAUUUGCCAGUGCAGGACAAAUAUCAACCAACUCCAGUGGUGAUGACGAGUACUACCCAUAAAUAGGUUAAUCUGCAAAAGAAAAAAUCAGAUUCAUUGCAAUUUGAAUAUAUGAAGAUUACAGUUCUGUGUCUCCAAGCAUGUUUCAAAGCCUAGAAAAAUGUAUUUAUUCUGUAAGUAUGGUUUCAUUUGUUUUGGCCUGGACACACAGGGCAGUCCUAAGGGUCAGGGGUCAGGAUAAACAGAACAAAGUCACAAUUCUAUUCAUCGAUUCAUUCUUACAUUUAUUUAUUUAUUUGUUUGUUCAAUUAAUAAGACACAUCAUCACUCCUUCACGCUUGUAGCAGUUCAGGCAGCGUACAACCUGAUCCUCCUUUCAAACACGCACACACACAUACACAGCCUUGUCUUCCUUUAAAUCACGCGCACACACACAAACACACAGCCUGAUCAUCCUUUAAAUCACACACACAAAAACACACACACACAAACACACAGUCUGAUCUUCCUUUAAAACAAGUAAAAGCGCCAGAUGUGAGCACUGACAGUAAAGAGAAGUUAGGGAAGUAUCGAAGUCGGCCUCGUCUGAUCUGUGGCCGUGUGGUGACGCAGGAGCUAUCAGGUGUGAGUGAGUAACCCAAUACAACGGCUCAGGGUCAGGAUGGAAAAAGAGUUCAUCUGUUGGCUUUUGUGGUCAUAGUUUUUGUCUAGUUUCCACUCAGUCCUCUUUAGCAGGAACCGCGGCAGCAUCAGUGAGACACUUUCCUAACAGUGAGAAAAGAUUAAUGUUCAGGCAAAUGCAGCUCUGUGACGCCAAGAGUUCCAUUUUAUUCAUGCUGGUCUCACGUGUAUUGUGUCUCUUGCUGGAGUCAUGCCAUUAUGCUUGUGCAAUGCCUUUAAAGGAGAUUGUGUCGUCUCUGUGUGUUGUAAACUGACCACCUUUAAAUUAUGAAUAUUUCAGUUGUAACCAAUCAAAAUAAAGAUUAUGUUAAUUCAA